UGAUCCGACUGACAAUAAUAAAGAUACUAAAAAAGAAAACCAAGUCAAUCACAAUGCACCUAUUGAUAUUGAUGAAAGUAAUCUGAAUGACACUAAAAAAAAAAAACAAUUCGAUCACAAUGCAUCUAUCGAUGUUGAUGAAAGUGAUCCAAAUUUAUUAGAAAAAGACAUUGAAUUAACACUUAAUGUUGAUGAAAUUUCCAAAACUCAAGAUACAACUGCUUGCACUAAUAGUAGCUAUAAACCUAAAUAUAGAAAACAUAUUAAUCAUAAUGCAUUUAUCGAUGUUGAUAAAAGUGAUUUGAACAACAAUAGUAAAAAAGCUACAAAAGGAACCUGUAUCAAUCACAAUUCACCUAUUAAUUUUAAUGAAUGUGAUACAAAUUUAUCAGAAAAAAAUAUUGCACUUAAUAUUGGUGAAAUUGAGAUACUCGAAACUCAAGAUAUAAUUUCUACUAAUAAUAUCCACAAAUCUAAAAAAAGAAGAAAUCAUAAAAGUUUAAAAAAACUUGAUAAGGAUAUGCUCGAAACUCAAGAUACAACUUCUCCUAUUAAUAAUAGCCGCAAAUUUAAGAAAAGAAAAAAUUAUGAAAGUUUAAAAAAAACUUGA